AUGUCGGCCCGGUCGCAAAGGGGGGUAACGGUAGCUUCGGCCGCGGCACGUACCAAGACCGCUUGGAAGCCGUCACUUUCUCUCCGUCAGGUCGAGCCUGAGCUGGUUGCCAACGUGACACCGCGCAUGUUACCGCACAUGUUCGCAUGGAAACCACCGAACAACAAUGCGCGGGGACCGACAUGCGAACACGUGCGCAUGUGUGCCGGGCAACCUUGUGACUACGGUUUCGCAACGUCGAUUGGAAAAUCGAGGAGCCGACCUACCGAGACACCGUAUCGGAAUCUGUACUACCUUACUUACCUUGCGUCGAUUAACAUUUGCUUCGAUUUCGCGUUCGACGAUUCGGAUGAUCGCCCCGCGGAACGCUCGGUAGCGCGCCUCGUAAAGUGUGUCAAGGCGCGCGGGCGACCGGCGUUUCCUACUAACGGGCCGACGCGGACGCCGCCACGGGGAAGCCACCGCCUAUUUAGUGCCGCUGUCGCAGCCGCGUCUUCCCAUCGCACCGAUGAGACGGAAGAG